GACAGCUCCGUGGUGCUGAAGUAGCUUCCGCUGUUUGCAGAGCGCACUCCCAAGCAACGCUUCACUCCUUAGUCGCCGUUCUCUCCCCCCUCCUUCCUCGCACAACCCCGGCUCGCACACACUUCGAAAGAUGUCCCGCGGAGCUUUGAGCAGACACCUUGUCCUCUUUUUCCUGCUGGCCGAGGCGGCGGCGGCGGCGGCGGCGGCUGCAGCUGCGGCACAGGAGUUCGCCCAGACUCGCUUUAUCUGCACUUCAAUCCCGCUGGAGAUGGACCCCUUGUGUUCUGCUCCGAUGCAGAACAGCGGGCCGGUGGAAGAUAUCAAGGGAACCAUACUCCAGCUCCGGGAGACCAUACUCCAACAGAAAGAGACCAUCAUGAACCAGAAGGAGACCAUCAGGGAACUCACCGCCAAGCUGAGCCGAUGCGAGAGUCAGAGUAUGUCGGAGCCCACGCAGUACAACCGAGCCAACACCACCGCUCAGACCAACACCUUGAAAGAUCUCCUGCAGAACAAGAUAGACGAUUUGGAGAAGCAGGUUCUAUCCCGGGUCAACAGCUUGGAAGAGACAAAAAACAUCGUGCGGAACGACACGACGGAGAACAGGGGCAAGAUUGAAAACGCUCUUAAUUCCCUGCACCAGAGGAUCAGCGAUUUGGAGAAAGGGCAAAAAAACUCCAGGCCGACUGAUAAAUUCCAGAUCACUUUCCCCUUGCGAACAAACUACAUGUAUGCCAAGGUGAAGAAAAGCUUGCCCGAGAUGUAUGCCAUGACUGUGUGUAUGUGGCUCAAGUCAAACGCCUCUCCCGGUGUCGGAACUCCCUUCUCCUACGCCGUCCCGGGACAAGCGAACGAACUGGUUCUCAUCGAGUGGGGGAACAACCCUAUGGAGAUCCUCAUCAACGACAAGGUGGCGAAACUACCGUUCGUUAUCAACGAUGGAAAGUGGCACCACAUCUGCGUCACCUGGUCCACAAGAGAUGGCGUGUGGGAGGCGUACCAAGAAGGCCUGAAGAGAGGGAACGGCGAAAACCUAGCUCCCUGGCACCCCAUCAAACCAGGCGGCAUCAUGGUUCUGGGCCAAGAGCAGGACAUGUUAGGAGGAGGUUUUGAUGCCACCCAGGCCUUUGUGGGCGAGAUGUCGCAUUUCCACAUGUGGGACAGGGUCCUAACUCCUGGAGAAGUCUACAGCCUGGCCAACUGCAGCGCCAAGAACCUGGUAGGCAAUGUCAUUGCCUGGACUGAAGCCAAUGUGGACAUCUACGGUGGCGCCACCAAGUGGACAUUCGAAGCCUGCCGCCAGAUCAAUUAAUUCGCGUCGGAGAAGAAGGGACUCUCUUUUACGACUCCAAAAUCAAAUUUCUUUUAUCAGGAAUGAAACUUAAAGGAAUUUCGUGCAAAAAAAAUACUUAAGUUCGUAAAAAAAAAAAAAUUACAAAUCCUUGCCAUGACAACUGGAUCAUGCUUCUCAGGCGUAAUAUAGAGAGUGUAUCAAAAUAUUCUCUUGGAACUUCAACUGACAGCAAGCAGUCUACUUGAGGAAAAGCAGUUUGCUUUCAGUAUCCGAUGAUGUGUUUACUUGAUGCCAAUUAGCCCGAGUGCCUUUGAUGGGCACAAAAAUGCAACAAGUAGUUUUUUUUCUCUCUCCUCGUUUUUCCUUUUUGCAUAAAUCAAAACACAUUAAACAAAAAAAAUCCCCACACGUUAUUUGAGAUAAUUGCGUUAUAGGAAUACAUCUUGUUUAAAAAAAAAAUAAAGUGCUGUGACUAUGUAUGCUACUGAUAAACACGAGUAUUAACGAAGAUACGGCUUAAUAUGUUGAACAUGUACUGGUCAAUCGAAGGUGUAGAAUAAAGUGGAUGUUAUUUUUAAGGAACACCUCAUCCUAUCACGUCAUUUGCUUAUAGCAUGGCGACUCAGAGUAAUAUGUGCGUUUAUUUUGAAAAGCAGUUCUUACAGCAGGUCAUCGCCAAGGGGGGGGGAUGAAUAACAAGUAUAAUGUCGCACCCUCCAGCGACAAGUAUUUUUUACCAAUAAAUAAAUAAAUUUUGCAAAUGUAUGAGGAUUUUUAUCGAAUUUGAUUGAUGAAUGAGGAUGUUUCCCCCCCUUUCCCCCCCCCCCCUCAAAAAAAAAAUUUAGGUGAAAAAAUAUUGAUUUUGUCAAACAUUUGGUUCUUUGCAAGUAAAAUAUUUAUAAAUGUAAAUAUUGUACACUAGGAGGGAGUUCUGUAAUACCAGAAACUAUCACACUGAAGCCAAAGCUUUACAUAUUCCAACUCCAGAUGCACAUUCAAUGGUAUAUCUCAUUUCUGGACAGUGUAAGGUUAGAAAUUACAUAAAGCAACCAUUUCUUAAU